GUCCCCCACAGUUCGUCAAGCACCCCGUGGACCAGAUCGGGGUGUCGGGAGGCGUAGCGUCCUUCGUGUGCCAAGCGACGGGAGACCCCAAGCCCCGCGUCACCUGGAACAAGAAGGGAAAGAAAGUGAACUCGCAGAGGUUUGAGACCAUCGAAUUUGAUGAAGGCGCUGGAGCAGUCUUGAGGAUACAGCCACUUCGGACACCUCGAGAUGAAAACAUUUAUGAAUGCGUUGCCCAGAAUUCUGUGGCGGAGAUCACGGUCAACGCCAAACUGACCGUUCUCAGAG